AAAGUUCAUAGGAUUAUAAAUGGGAUCAACUAUCUAGGGUUUCAUUUGUUCCUCCUUGCCGAUCUCAGUUUUUGCUUUCAACGAACCAGAGAAAAUGACAAAGAGAACCAAGAAGGCUGGUAUCGUUGGGAAAUAUGGUACCCGUUAUGGUGCCAGUCUGCGUAAGCAGAUCAAGAAGAUGGAGGUCAGUCAGCACAGCAAAUACUUUUGCGAGUUCUGCGGAAAGUUUGCAGUGAAGAGAAAGGCGGUUGGUAUUUGGGGAUGCAAGGAUUGUGGCAAAGUGAAGGCCGGUGGUGCGUAUACAUUGAACACUGCUAGUGCUGUAACUGUUCGAAGCACAAUCAGGAGGCUUAGGGAACAAACAGAGAACUAAAUUCUCUGAAUUUUGUUUGGUCUUGUUAAUUUCAUCUAUCUAUUCUACAUUGUUGUGUUUGAACCUUUCUUUCUUUUCUAUUUGUGUUUCUUCAGGAAGACAAUUUUGAAAUAUUUGAAGCUUUGACAUAUGUUUUAUUAGGAUAAUUCUAUUUGAGAGAUAAUUUAAUCUUAUUUUGAUCUUA